CAAAACAAGAUUGCCCGGAUUGGCACUAAGAGGCAGCGGCUUUAUAUGCAACAGGCUGCCCGACGGUGUGAAUAGUGUCAGAAAUAAGAAUCUAGAGGAUUCACUUCAUCUCAAGAUUAACAACAAUGACAAAGAUCUUUGUAACUGGCGCUACUGGCUACGUGGGUGGUGAUGCCCUUUACACCUUAAUUAAAACGCAUCCAGAGUACGAGGUUACCGCUCUUGUCCGAAACAAAGAGAAAGGGGCUGUUGUUACAAAACAAUACCCUUCAGUCAGUCUUGUCUACGGCGAUCUAGACGACUUCGAAUUGCUUGCCGACGAAGUGUCAAAGGCCGACAUCAUCGGCCAUUGGGCCAGCUGUGAACAUGAAGGUGCGGCAAAGGCCAUUGUCGAAGGCAUCGCUCGAAGGGGCAAAGGAAAACCGGGGUUCAUCAUCCACCUGUCAGGUGCCGAUAUUAUCUGUUUCGAGGAUCUAGCCGAGGUAACCUACGGCAUCAAGCGGGAUCGCAUUUUUGAUGACUGGCACGGACUCAACGAGGUGACGUCGCCUCCUGAUAACGCGCCCCAUCGGGAAGUCGACGGGGCCAUUCUUGAAGGUGCUAAGAGAGGCGCCAAAACAGCUAUUGUGUGUCCGCCAACUAUAUAUGGCACAGGACGUGGACCCGGAAAUCAAAGAAGCAUUCAGGUGCCCGAACUAGCGAGGCGCAGUCUACAAAGAGGCGCUGCUUUGACCGUCAAAGGGGGCGAGAAUAUUUGGAACUCAGUCCACGUGCACGAUCUUUCCCAACUCUGGUUGAAGCUGAUCGAAGCUGCUGCUCAGGGCGGUGGUAAAGCUGAUUGGGGCACCAAUGGCUUUUAUUUUGUCGAGAAUGGUGACUUUAGCUGGAAGGCUAUCGCGGAAAGGAUUGCUCAAGAAGCGAAACAGCAAGGACUUCUGAAGCAAGAGACUGUCGAUAGUCUGAGUGUGGAUGAUGCGGAUAAGGUGUGGGAGUAUGGAUCUUUCUUCUGGGGCACGAACUCGAGGAGCCGGGCUACGAGAGCACGUAAGGUGUUAGGUUGGAGUCCGGAAGCGAAAGAUGAUAUUUUUGACGAUGUUGCUGCUGUGGUUGCUGCGGAGGCCAAGGCAUUGGGACUUCCUGUCGUAAUGCGGGAUUGGCUUAUAUGACACAAUAGACAGGCAAAGUUACUGUUAAACUGAAUGGUGCGUAAUGGAACAGUUGUGAUUAUAUGAUAGACUGCAACUAGAUGAAGUGAAGGAUUCGAUCAGUUAGCUGUAGAAGGGAUUCUAUGAUGGAAUUGAUACGUUAUGCAAAUAUUGAACUACUGCUGUUUUAAAUAGUUUAGUUUAGCUUUAUCAAUAGUGCAUAUAACACUAUUGUUAAGAAGG